AUGGAAGAAAUUGAAAGAAUUGUUUCUGGAAAGAAGGGUAAAAUCGAUGUUACCCCAAUUGCAACUAUAUUUAGAAAUGAAAUCAAAGAAGAAGUUACAAAAGGACAGAUGAAACCACGUAUCGUUGCUUUCUUGACAACAGACGAUGCCGGUGCCAUCGAAUAUGCAAAGUGGACAAAGAUUGCAUGCAAUCGUGAUGGUAUCGAGUUUAUCUUGAAAAAGAUUGAAAGAUUGGAUUUAGAAGAUGCUAUCAUCGAUGCAAACAAUGACGAUGAAGUUCAUGGUAUAAUGGUGUAUUACCCAGUGUUUGGUGGAAUGUUGGAUGCCUAUUUGCAAGAUGUCGUGUCGCCAGCCAAAGAUGUCGAGGGUAUGUCGACAACCAAUCGUUUCAAUCUGUACCAUAACAUCCGUUUCCUCGAUGAGAAACAGACAAAGAAGUGUGUGAUUCCAUGCACCCCACUCGCCAUGGUGAAGAUCAUCGACCACCUCGGUAUCUACGACAAGAGCUUGCCGAUGGGUGAGCAUCUCAAGGGCAAGAAUGUCACCAUUGUCAAUCGUAGUGAGAUUGUCGGUCGUCCGCUCGCAGCGAUGCUCGCCAACGACGGUGCAUUCGUCUACUCUGUCGAUAUCAGCGGUGUCAUCUGUUUCCAGGCAGGCAAGCGUCAGGGAACCAUCAAGAUGACAGAGACCACCGUCACCCGUGACGAAGCCAUCCAGAAGAGCGAUAUCCUCAUCUUGGGUGUGCCAUCACCAAAGUUCAAGAUCGACGAAUCGCUGAUUCCCGAGGGUGCCGUCGUCAUCAAUUUCGCCGGAUGUCUCAACGUCGAGGAGUCGGUCGAAUCGAAAACCAUCUUGGUACCGACCAUCGGAAAAGUAACCAUUGCAAUGUUGGAGAGAAAUCUUCUCAGACUCUACCAAAAUCAAAUGCAAUCAAGAAGCACCUCAUCUUCCUCAUCCUCUGCACAAAUUGACCAACCACAACAAUAA